AUGCUUGCGGCAGACUGUGGCGUGACUGCCGAGACGGAGGAGAUCGACACGGUCAAGGAUGCUCUGGUGGCGUUUUGUGAGAAGCGGGCGGCUUCGGAGGUCGAGGGAGUGACCCUGUCUAGGGAUGAUUGGAUUGAGGUUGCCAGCUCGUGUCUGAGUCACAACUUUGCGGCCAGCCUGUCCGUGGCUGGAUUUGUGGACUUCAUGCUCACUACUGCAGCGCGGGAGGCUCAGGCCAAGGCUGAGCUGGAAGCGCAGAUUGCGGACAAGGAUGCCGAGAUUGCGGACAAGGAUGCCGAGAUUGCGGACAAGGAUGCCGAGAUUGCGGACAAGGAUGCCGAGAUUGCGGAGCUCAAGGCGGUGUCACAGGUGUCCCCGACGUCGAGACUCGAGGUGCCGUACUUGAAGCCAGUGCGGGCCAAACACUUUGCGGGCGUUGUGCCGACCGGUAGCCGCUGGGUUGCCUCGCCCGAGCUUCUUCUUGCGCCAAUGCUGAUGGGUGAAGUGGUGAUGGGUGUGCUCUCUCUUGGGACCAGCGGCACGGCCUCACUGGAAGUGCAGCAUCUGGAUGACAUCCCGGAUGCGUGGACAGGCUUUGUGGCAUCUGGCCUGCGUAAGGCGAACACGAUCGGAAGCACCGUAGUCUGCCACGAGCUCAUCAAGGCUACCUUACCGCUGUUUCGGGGGCUCAGCAACAACCACAAGGUCCAGUCGUUCUACAGAGGCUCGGUUGGCGUGGCAGCGCUCGAGUCAUCGUUGACUCAUCGAGUGUGCGAGGGUCUGGGUCACGUCUUUGCCAACCAGCAAGGGACACGGGCUGGGUUCCACUCGUCCAGCUCUCAAAGCACAUUCUCUGUGGCGUCACCUGUCAAGACCAACCCGAGCCACACGGACCGUGCACGUGCGAAGCGAACCGCAAGCUCUUCGUCACGUAGCCACGAGCCGCAGACGUCCGGGCUGUACAGCAGCGCAGCCCGGAUGAACAUUGGGCGGGAGAUUGCGGUCUCACAUGGGCAAGGUUGGGACGGGGUGAGACCAGUUGACACCCAGCUCAGCACCAAGGUGGAUGUGCUGUUUACGUUUGAGGAGAACGACAUGGUGCUGCCAUUGGGACUGUGGGAGCCUGGAUUCGAUCCCAAAUCGGCCCAGUGUCCGAUCACCAUGCACAAGAGGAAGCAGGCCUACGGCUACGCGCACAACCUCACGCGGGCCUCAGCGGGCUUUCCGCACACAAUGGCGCUCGUGGCGCUGCGGUCCGAGUACCCGACGCGGGCCAACAAAGCUCUGCAGGUGCGGACGAAAAUGGCAGUCGACGGCUAUGUGCUCCAGGCUGAAAAGUGCCGCGCGCUUAAGGCCAAGGCCACCGACGAUGAGCCUGUUGAGCACACCGAGCUGGUUCUGGACUGCGUCGAGCUGGUGCGAGCGCUGGAGGCGCCGGCGGAGCUGGAAGACGACGAAAAGUUUGAUUGGUUCAUGCGCAAGGUGAGCCAAUUUUCGCUGGCGAUGUUUGCAGCGGCGCAUGUGGCAUCCGAGCGCCAUGCCGUGGGCGGGGAUGGGGGCGACGGGGUGAAGAACGUGUCGAAAGUGCUGUCCACAGAGGGUAAGAUGGUGUACAAAGCGUUUGACGGCUCGAAGACCCGUUCGAUCAACGAGCAUCUUUGGCGCAAGUACGCAAGCGACGUGUUUGUGACCGGCCUGUACCAGGCUGUGGUGGACGACGAGACCGAGGAGGCGAUGACUGACAUGGGCAUGGCAUACCUUGUCGGCCGAGCCAAGGCGGCGGCGCAAGGUGCGGGUGCAAGCAGAGAAGCGCUGCCGUCGGACCGGGACGAGCUGCUGGCGAGCCUGGAGAACCUGAUAUCAGAGCAGCAGGGAACCGACAACGACAUUUGGGCGAUGCAGGCAGCCUGCAAUGAUCUCCGUGCUGCAGCCAACAGCGGAGGUAUGCCUGGCAAGCGGGUGCUGGGCAGCGACGGACGCUGGUACCGCGAAUACGGACUAGUCAUGCGUCUGGUGCCUGCAGUGGCCGACGUGACGGUGGCGCACUUUGUGUCGCUGUUCAAAACUCUCCAAUGCAUGGACAACGACGGAGUGGCCCACCUCGACAUCCGCGACGCCAACUUGGUGUUUGGGGCCGACGGGAAGACACACAUCAUCGACUGGGAUCUGGCCGGCGUGUCUGGAGAGGCUGUGUAUCCGGUUGGGUUCAAUUGGGUCACCGACGGCAUGCGUGUCGAGUCGGUCAUGGAUGCUGUGGCCAAAAACGAGACCCCUACUGGCUACGCGUGGCACGACGUUGUGGGCGCGGGCGGGGUCAUGAAGCUGUACUCCUGCGAUUCAAAGGACAAUCGGACGGUCUGGAAAAAGGUGACCGAGACCCUGGUGAAUGUGGACGAUGCCUCGUCGGCGAGGUCAGCUUUGGCAGUUGCCAUUGAGGAGCUUAGCUCGAAGGAGAACUCGGGCACUGACAAGGUCCAGGGCAAGCCGACGGAAUCAAACUCGCGCGAACUGAUUCCUCACUUUGAGAUUGCAGAGAAGCUCUUCUUGUACAACAUUCCGGUCGAUCUUCACGACAUUGUGGCCGAGGCGUACAAAGCUGGCGAUCCUGUGGCGGUGGCGGUCUCGUCGUACUGCACCGACUGGGGAACUCGGUCGGACCAGAUCGACACCAUACUUCGCUACGGCGCGCUUGUCUGCCCGCCGCAGCCACUCAGCCGCAGCCACCUCUCACUGGCUUCACUGUUCAAGUCUGAGGCUGUGCCAAGUGAGACCACGGCCGCGGAUGGUGCAGGUUCGUCGUCCUCGGUCCUCUCGCCAUACAUCGACGCCGCAGUUGACUGGCUUGCGCCGGCCAAGGCUGCCAAGGCCGAGAGCUCGCGCGCCAGAUCGGGUGGCAAGAAAAAGAAGGGCUCUGGGGCAAGGGCGUUUUCACUUGCCAGCGUGCUGUUGCAUCCGUCGGUCGAGCAAGAUUCAAACUCGGACGACGGCGAGGAGGCUGCCAAUGCGGCCGAUGCGAGCGGCGACAAAGAGCAGGGCGUCCCGGGCUCGGGGCGCAAAGUAGAGAAGUUGACCAAGAUCGGAGCUCAGAUGACAAGCCGGAAGGAGAAGCUGUCGCGGGUCUUCUCCAAGGACGUGAGCGGGUCCAAAGACUCACGCAUGGCCGCGUUGACCAACACUGUCCGUCAUGCUCCUUUGUCGCUCUUUGUUUCACGCAUGGUCAAUGCCUCACCGUACCCGAUGGUGCAUACACUGGCUGGUGCUGGUGACACCGAGAUGCUCGGAUGGCUUCUCGGCCAGAUCAAGGCCCUGCUGCACGAGGAUAAGAAUCCGUGGAUCUCGCGCAGCGACACCGAUCCCAAUUCGAUUGUCGCUCGCAUCACAAUCUCCCCCAACGAGCUCACGUCGGUCAGUGUCCCCAUUGGCGCUGAUGACAUCAACGAUGUACUUGGCAUGCAGGUCUCAAUCCCGUUCUUCCGCAAGUGGACCCCGCUCAACCUCGCCAUCCAACAGCAGCACCCCGAGAUGGUUCAAAUGCUUCUCGAUGCAGGACAUCUGCCGUGGGCCUGGUGUGGCGGGCUGGACCCGAUGGUUCUUGCCGCGUCGGUGAACAACGUGACUGCCAUGCGCGCUGUUCUUCAAAAUCGUGCGCGGCGCACAGCUACGCGCACCUUCAACGUGGUUGAGAGGGCGUGCGUAUCCCGCAAGACAGUCGACGCUGCGUGGAUGCCAUUGGCGUUGCGGGCAGCACUCAAGCACGCUCACCAGGAAGUCGUUGCCUUUAUCUUCAAUGAGGUGCAUGACAUCACGGGCGGCAAGGAAAAAGGGGCUGACAUCUCACGACAGGCACUUGUGGCAGGCCUUGCUACCCUGGUCAUGGCGCCGCUGGCCCCGCGGGUGGUCCGCCGUGGUGAAGCCGUCACCUUUCUCUCGCUCGCCGAGCGCGCAGCCGCUCAUCUCGAACUGUAUGCGGUGCUGCGCAACCGCUGCUCGCCGCUUGUCCGCGCGCUCGAGACUGGAUCGCUGGACAUGGCCCAGUUUCUGGUCGAUCGGGGUGCAUCGCUGGUGGCGCGGCGCACCGAUGGCGCCGAUGCCCUGUACAUGGCCGCGCGCCAGGGGCACCUUUCCUGGAUUGGUAUGCUGCUCAAGAGCCUGUCGGACAGCGAUCUCGCCGCAUCCGAAUCUUCGCGCGGGCGCGGCUCGGCGCUUCACGCCGCAUGCACGGGACACAAUCCGGACGUGUUGGCGCUCCUUCUUGCGGAUGGGCGGCUCUCUGUUGAAGAGACAACGGUAUCGUCGCUGACACCGUUGGCCACGGCAGCCCGUGUCGGUGCUGCGCGGUGCGCACGGCUUCUGCUCGAGGCCGGCGCCAAUGCGCUUUUCACCGCCUCGGAGCCGCUCGAGACCCACCCGAUUGUCCUCACCAUCUGGCAUCACCACACCGAGGUGCUCAAGGAGUUUAUUCGGGCUGGCAUCAACCUCAAGCUGUACUCGGAAAUGGUGCCGUUGGUGGAGGAGUGCAUCCAGCGGUCGUCGGUCGAUGUGCUCAACUUGCUCAUUGCUGCUGGCGUUCUGCCCAACGAGAACCAAAUCAGCACGGCGUUCAUUGUCCAAAAGCCGCGACUCCUCUGGGACCUACUCGCCACCUUUGACCGCUCCGCGUCUUCGACGCGCGCGCUGCCGACGUGGAUUUGGGCUGAUGAUCGGAACUGCCAGCACGUCACUCUCGGGCUCAACAACGCAUGUGUUGUUGUCUACUGUAUCUUCCAGCUCCGCUGGGCCUAUGGCCACGAUCUUAACGCGCUCCUUGCCCGCCUGCACGGUGACGACCGCUAUGCGCAGCUCAUCCCAUUCCUGGCUUCGGACGUGUGGCACACCUGCGAGGUUGCACCGUCGCUGCUCUUCCUCUCGCGGCUGUGUAAGAACCCGCUGACCGCGCUCUGCAGAGCCUCCGGCCUCCCCAUCGAGAUUUGGGUCAUGGAGAUCUUGCCUUACGUUCGAUCCGACGCCGAAGUCCGCUCAGUCAAGCCGCGGCAUCGUGACUUUGCUCUUGUCUCGCUCAACACACCCAUGAGCGUUCUCCUCGCCAAUCACUCGGACAACUCUGAACUCUGCUCGCUCUGGGCCCGGCAUGGCCCGUCGAUUCCGUUCUCGGUCUUCUUCUUCUCACUCAAAGCUGCCCUUGUCGCUCGUCGGCCCGACCUCGUCGUCGCCGCUCUCCACCUCUUGUUUGACGAAAGAGCUAAGAGAGUCAUUCCUGCCCACGACCUCGUUAAUUCGCUCUUUCCCAUCAUCCAAGCGAAUACCACCACAGGCAGUGUCGCCCAGAUCAAGCCGGCCGUCUCAAGCCCACAACCAGCAGUUGGCUCAUCCAAUGGCUCGCUCAGCUAAACUCACAGUCAAU